GCAGCGCUCGAUUUCGUGAACGCCUGGGCUGCCAUCACGAGGGGCGACGUUGGCGUGCCCGCGGCGAGCCCCUGCCUCGACCGCACGCUCCUCCGCGCGCGCUCCCCUCCCUCCGUGCUCUUUGACCACGCCGAGUACUCCCGGCGUUGCGGCGGCGAGACGAAGCCCAGAGUCCCUUUCGGCUCCGCCAUCCUCCCCGUGUCCAAGAACCAGAUCAACACGCUCAAGGACGGCGCCGGCCAGGGCAAGAGGCUCUCCACGUUCAAGGCCGUGGUCGCCCACGUGUGGCGGUGCGCGUGCAAGGCGCGCCGUCUCGCGGCGACGGAGGGCACCCGGCUGUACAUGACCGCGGACGCGCGCACCCGCGUCCACCCGCCGCUCCCUCGCGGCUACUUCGGCAACGCCAUCUUCCGCGCGUCGGCGGCGACCAAGGUCGGCGAGGUCGCCUCCGGGCCGCUGGACGCCGUCGCGGAGAAGGUCACCGGCGCGACCGCCCGGCUGGACGACGAGUACGUGCGGUCGCUGCUGGACCACCUGGAGCUGCAGGCGGCGGACGCGUCGGGGCUGCGCAAGGGGGAGUGGGUCAUGCCGGAGACCGACCUGUGGGUGAUAAGCUGGCAGGGGCUGCCGAUCUACGGCGCGGACUUCGGCUGGGGCCGGCCGGCGUUCAUGGGCAGGGCCUGCCUCCAGUUCAGCGGCCUCGUGUACCUCGUGCCUGGCCCCGACGACGACGGCCGGCUGGACGUCGUGGUGGCCAUGGAGCCCGAGAGCCUGGCCAGGUUCAGGGAGGUGUUCUACCAGGAGCUCAUGCACUACUAGUCCGUCCGUUCUCCUGCAGAUUUUCGCACGCAAAAACUAAAAACCCGUUCUCUCACUGUUUCACGUCGUGCCAGAACGGACCGUCGAUCUGCAGGUCAGCUCGCUAGCUGUAUGGCGUCGUCAUUUUAUGUGGGAUAGAUAGAUAGGCUACAAGUCUCGGUGUGCUACUUGUCGCUUGCAUGCAUAGUGCUCAUGA